AUGCUCGCUCAUAUCUCUGCAUCGAGUAACAUUCUCCAACAAUACAGGAUGCAUCCAUCUUCAGGUCCAAGGGAGCUUACCCCAGCCAUGGUUCGCUCUAUUGAAGAGGCUGACAAACCUAUGAAAAGGGGCAAGAAACCUGAAACCCACAAAGAGGCACAAGUUUCCAAACCAACCAAUGGGAAAACCCCUAAGAAGCGAAAGUCUGAUAGGGCUGUUACAUCACCUGCUCAACUGAAGAAGCUGAAGAAGCCUGUUAGGAGGCUUAUACUACAAUCCUCUAGUGACUCAGAUUCAGAUGCCUCACUCUCUGCUGCAGCUAAAGCAAUUGAAACCUCUACUUCACAACGUCAACAAGCCUCACUCGCUGUUGAUGCUUCUACUAAGGAGUGCAAGGAAGCGACCGCAAAAGUCGAUAAACUAGUUUAUGAAGCUCACCUGUUUCUAGAUUCCUUGCAGGCUGCUGCUAAGAAGAAUGCUCAAACCGUCAACGCUUCAGUGGAUAACCUUCAACGGUCUCUUCAAUCUGAAAGAUCCAACCUUGAAGCUGCACGCCAAGAGAUUGUAGCUGCCAACGAGUCUCUACAUGCUAAUGGUAAUGAUCGUCUGACUCAACCCAAGGCAGAAUUAGCUGUAGAGAAUUGUAUCAUGGAUGAGCUAGAUAGGAGAACCUCACAGCUGAAAAUGCAAAAUUACUAG